AUGACAAGAUCGCAUCUGUCCCCCAUCAAUACAUACUCUGUAUUGGCAAGCCCGUCCCCUAGGCCGCCUGUACUCAACAUUGAAAUACCUGAGAACGCGAGAUUUGCAAAUUUACAGCAUGUGUCAUCCGCAUCGGCGGUGAGCAUUUGUUCACUUUGCAGAGACCUCGAACCUGGCGAAACUCUGGCGGUGCACAAGCCGUUUACACAAGGCAUUCACAACGACGAUUACAUCGCCAUGUUUCACCUUUUCGGACCACAGAAUAACGCACUCAAUGUCCCUAUCAUCAUAAUUGAGCUGGGAAAUGAUGCAGAUUUUACUAUGUGUCAGUGUUUGAACACCAGGGCAAACGUAUCCGUCUCUUCGCUAUGCAAGGACAUGAAAGCUGGAGAAAUUCUAGCUGUUUACAAAGAUGGCAGCAGAGGAGAUUGCAGAGACGACUUCGUGGGUGUGUUUUGUAUUUUGGAAUCAUUUCCCGCGGCCAUUGAGAUGGAAGGUAGUACACAGAAGCACUCGUCGAGAAUCAGCUAA